AUGGACCUUCAGCUUUUAAACGAAAUCACCUGCCAAGUAAACAAUCCAAUUGGGUCAAGCGUUGUUCACAACUACACUUGGGUCAUUCCUAAAUUCAGUCAAGUAUCGCUCCUUACACCGAAACCUCAGUACAUACAGAGUCCAAUUUGGGAGUCUCCCGUUUGCAUCGCCGACGAAUCAGGUUACGCAUACAAGAAAGUAAAUUGGCGUCUGAAACUUCAUCCGAACGGUAAUCUCGAGAGUUCACAAAUUGGCCAUCUGAGUCUCUAUCUUGAAACAAUAUUUCCCAACGAUGCGCUGGCAUCGGCAAGAGUCAACGUGAACUUUUAUAUUGGUCUUUUGAUUCCGGUGCAACAAGGUGAAGAUCGUGUGCUUCGAGUAGUGAAAAGACGUACAGAACGACACGAGUUUCCAAAGGUGAAACCGGCUUGGGGAUGGCCAAACUUCUGCACGAAAGCUUCUUUGAAUGAUAAAAUUACAAAUGAUGUAGCCAGUGAAGAAAUCGCUACUUUGUUUCCACACAAUCAACAGCAUUUUGACGAUGAUACUCUUAUAGUGCACGUUGUGAUUAUCACACCUAAUCCUUGCAGUAACAGUGACGUAAACGAGGCACAAUUAAAAGAACUGGAAGCACUACGGAAAUCAAAGAAUGAGUUGCCAUUCUCACAAGCAUUGAAUAAUCCUACUUUUAGUGAUAUAAAAUUUCUAGUCGACUCGCGAGUUAUUUAUGGACAUCAAGUUAUUCUUGCGGAACGAUCUCAUUACUUCAAGACUCUAAUAAAGAACGAUUGGAAACUCGAGAUCAAAGAAGAGAAAGAAGUACAAAUACAAGAGGUUGACUACGACGUGUUUUACACGAUCCUAAUUUAUUUGUACACGGGAAUAUUACCAGAAGUAGCCGGCGAAACAGAUCUGCUAAAAGUGGUAAAACUUCAAAAGUUAUUUAACGAUGCAGAGAUGCGAAAGACUCUUCACGUAGACGCAAUUCAUGAAUUGAUUGAUGUUAUUGUCGCGGAGUUGUCUGCAUUGAUAAAUUAUGAUACUUGGGAUAAUUUGUUGUUGUUUGGUUGGGAACGUGACAUUUUGCAGCUUCGGAAAGCGAUUUAUCGGUUCGCUAAACAGAAUUGGAAGGUUAUUCGUGAGACGGAGGCUUGUAAAGGCAUUUUGCGUGAUGCUAAUGUGGAUUUAGUUGAAGAAUUUAUUACCACUUCAAGAUAA